AUCGAAGGAAGAUAGGAAACAAGUAGCAUCUGGGUCAAGCACGCCAAGCUCAGGAUCCAAGCAGAAAUUUUUCUUUUCUUUUUGGCGUGUCACCCAAUGCCUCCCCUGUUUCCCUCUCUAUAUAAACUCUAAACCAGGUGGAUUCCCGGGCCACAAUCUUUCCCACUCCUUAUUCUAAUCCACCUUCGAUAAGUUGGUUCUGAAGCAUGGGGAAGAACAAAACGCGGAUGUUGGCACUUGCUUUGUUUCUUCAGCUGCUCUGCUCGGUUGCGGGGCUGGACCGGAGCCAGUUCCCUUCAUCGUUUCUCUUUGGAACUUCGACUUCUUCUUACCAGAUUGAAGGUGCAUACCUAGAAGGUAACAAAAGCUUAAGCAAUUGGGAUGUAUUCACUCAUAUACCAGGUCACAUUGAGGACAGCAGUGAUGGAGACAUUGCUGAUGAUCAUUACCAUCUCUACAUGGAGGAUAUUAAAUUGAUGCAUCAUCUUGGUGUCAACUCUUACAGAUUCUCUAUAUCUUGGUCAAGAAUUUUACCAAGAGGUAGGUUUGGAAAGGUUAAUUCAGCGGGCAUCGCAUUUUACAACAGACUUAUUGAUGCUCUACUACUAAAAGGGAUCCAACCAUUUGUUACAUUAAAUCACUAUGAUGUUCCUCAAGAACUUGAAGAUCGAUAUGGUGCAUGGCUGAAUCCCCAAAUACAGAAAGACUUCGGACAUUAUGCAGAUGUUUGUUUNAAAGCGUUUGGGAAGAAAGUUAAAUAUUGGAGUACAUUCAAUGAGCCAAACGUUGUUGUGAUACUGGGUUUUAUAACUGGAGAAUAUCCUCCUCAACAUUGCUCAAAGCCUUAUGGUGAUUGCCUCUCUGGUGAUUCAAAUAUAGAACCAUAUAUUGCUGCACAUAACAUCAUACUAGCCCAUGCUACUGCAGUCGAAAUAUACAAAAAGAAAUAUCAGGUGAAGCAAGGAGGUUCGAUUGGUAUUGCAAUAUCUGCAAGAUGGUAUGAGCCACUCAGGGAUAUUCCAGCAGAUUGUUUGGCAGUUCAACGGGCUUUAGCAUUCGACAUUGCAUGGUUCCUUGAUCCUGUCAUAUUUGGUGAAUAUCCUCCUGAAAUGCGCCAGGUCCUGAGUUUAAGAUUACCAACAUUUUCAUCUGAGGAUAGAAGAAAAUUGCAACAUAAAUUGGAUUUCAUCGGUAUCAAUCAUUACACAAGUAAAUAUGUAAAAGACUGCAUAUUUUCUCCAUGUGAGGGAGGCAAAACAGAGUCGACUGCGUUUGUGAUGAGCACUGGGGAAAGAAAUGGGAUUCCAAUUGGUACUCCAACUUCAAUGCCGGAUAAUUAUGUGUUUCCAGAUGGUAUGGAGAAGAUAAUCAUGUACAUUAUGCAAAGAUACAAUAACAUCCCCAUGUUCAUUACUGAAAAUGGUUACGCACAAGGGAGUACUAGUAAUGAUCCAACAACAGAUAUGCUGAAUGACACGAGCAGAGUGGAAUAUUUGCAUGGCUACCUUACUUCUUUGACAAGAGCUGUGAGGCAAGGAGCUGAUGUCAGGGGCUACUUCAUAUGGUCGCUCCUUGACAAUUUUGAGUGGCUUUAUGGCUAUACUCAAAGGUUUGGGCUCUAUCAUGUGAAUUUCGAGACACAAGAAAGGACUCCAAGACUAUCUGCAAAAUGGUUUAAAGAGUUCCUAGAAGGUCCAGAAGUAAUUGAAAGGAUGAAUAGAGAUUUGGAGUGUCUACGAUCCAUAUACUAGUUGAUAUGGAGUGCUGAUGUCUUAUAAUGUAAUAUCCCAACUAACAGGGAGCAUAUGGAGAUAUGAGAUACAGAUGGUUUCCUCCAUUCAUAAUCCAAUCACUUUGCUUCCCUCAACCAAGUGUUACUUGUCAACCCUUGAUUCUCGCUGCUGCAUACUUUCAUUAGCUUGGUUGUAAAUAUUUGUUAUGAUGUAACAAAAGCACUUUCACGGAUAGCAAACUUUUAUAUUAGACAGAGAUAUGCAAUCACACUUUUAUGCUA